AACAAGGGAUGGGGGGCUUACUAUUUAUAGUGUCUAAUAUAUAUUCUUCAUCACUUUUUAAAAUCAAAAUCCAGAAUCGUGACAUUCAAUAUGAACAUGCAAUCCAAGAAGGGGAGUGAGACCACAAAUGCACAAGGUGAAGUUGAAAGAAAGGUGGAAACAUUGGACCAUCGUUCAUCAGCAGGGAAGGGCCAAGAGCCGAAGAGUGUGCAGGUGAUUCACCAACAUCUGCAAAGCAACCAGAAUACCAGAGGGGGUGUCCUGACUGGUGCUGCUGCUGCUGUAGUCUCAACCCUUGAAUCUGCAAAGGAUGCAAUAUCUCGAAAGUAAUGGUACAAUGCUCCAUUGCAAAUGACCUCAAUAUCUUAGAAUUUUCAUAUUUUCAGA